AUUCCAUUGCUAUGCUAUCUAAUCAGUUUAUAUUUCUCCGGGAGGAACUGAAUUGUGUGUAAAUGGGGGGAUGAGCUUUCACACAAACCUCAGUCAGACGGUUAAUUAGUGUGUACAUGGUCCAAAAAAUAUAAAUAAAAAUACAAUGCGAUUGAGAAGAAAUACAAAGCAAUCCCAUAUCAUGUCUUCUAAUGCCCCGCAAUUCUCAUAAGAAGAGACUACUGAACCCAAACAAAUCUCAGCUGUUGUUCGUGGAGGCACCCAUCAAUGGACCAAAGCACGAGUAUGGACCACAACUACGGAGUGCCAUUCAUCCCAAGUCAUUUAUAUCAGAGAAACAACAGCGAAGUGGUGCACCAUGUACCUCUUGGGUGUCUCCACAGUUUAAUUCGCUUAAAACCACAACGCUUAGUCGAGAUGGUCGAGGGAGGAGAAAUAACCAGAUGGCUACGAGGAUCUCAAACAAGGCCCCAGUUUUGGGUUUCUGUCAUACUAGAAGAGCAAAGGCCUGCAAAUACAUUCCCUUGUCCUUUGAGGCAACCCUAGCAGGUUCACAACACCAGUGUGAAAACAUUAGAAGUUCACGGACAAAGAAUGAUAGGCUUGCUUCUUCGGACAGUCAUUGUAAGGGCCCUCGAGAAACUCCAAGAAGAACUUGCUUUCCUCGAAAAGGGGUGGAGAGGAGGAUGGCUACACAUGUUAUAUCCACCUCCAGGCAUUCAGAAGUUUCAAAGAAUGUGCAAUUGCACAAAAAUGGAAUGCCUGGGGAUUCAGUUCACACACCAAACACAAGCUUGGUUCCCAAACCCCUGAAUAUAGAGACUGAAAUGCCACAUUGCUCCAGCACGUCUCCAUCCAAUGUUCAACAUCUCCUCUUCCCCCAAGAUCAAGCAAAAACUCCUCCGCGAACUGAGAACUCAAGCAUCCUGGUUGUGGACACACCUGAGAAAGACUAUGGGCUGAAGGUAACAUGGAGACGGAGGAAAGGACUGAUGAAAUUGUUGAUUGACAGAGGUCAGCUUCUUCCAGCAGAAGCUGGAGUUGCCAGUGAUUGGGCUUAAAAACCUUAAAUUAACAGAAACAUCAAUAAUUUGAUCCAUGUUGUAGUUUUCUAUUCUAUAUGCAUUUGUUAAGAUUUGGGAAAUUGUACAGUUUAGAAAAUGUAAUAUAUGAACACUUCAGGAGAGAAGAAUUAAAAAUGUAAUUUUUUUGUCCCCAGCCUUACUUGAUGGAAGCACCUUUGUACUCUGUUGUACGUUAAUGAAUUAUGUACUUAAAUGUCAAAUACACAUCUGUCAAAUGCC